UAAGCAAUAAAAAAAUUUAGUGAUUUGAAUUUACACUUCGUGAUUUCUACAUUUUUAAUAUGAAUAAAACGAUUUUUUAUUAUAAAUUAAUAAAGGAUUUGAACGUUGCCGUUUUGACAGUUUUUCUUGUCGUCUGCCGAUCAACAACGAGGAAGAAGAAGCAUAAAGUUGAAAUAGAGUAUCAACCGGCUUCAGGUUUUUUUCAGAUUCAAGUAAACAAUGGAUGAGAGCGAUUUAGACAAACCCCAAGAUUCAAAAGGACAAAAAAAGUCUACUAGGCAGCACGAUGGCGGUGCAGCAGAUCUGGAAAAGGUCACUGAUUACGAAGAGGAGCGAGUCGUUUUGUCACAAGACAUCACUGGGGCCAUCAAUUUCCUUGAUAACCGCAGAAGCAAAGAGGAAGCUGAACGCCAAGCCAAAGAGCGUGAAUUGGCUAAAGUUUCAAUCAAGAAAGAGGAUGUUGAAGUUUUGAUCAAGGAAACUGAAAUUCCAAGAAUAAAGGCAGAAAGAAUCUUAAGAGAAAACAAGGGUGAUCUGGCAUCUGCCUUGAGACAAGUCAUAAAUUGUUGAAUGUGGUACUUUUAAAUACACAGUAAACUUCUA